AUGGCCGACAACGGCAACCCCGGAAACUUUGCCAACCGUCCCAAGGAGGAGGUUCAGGAAAUUGCGUCCAAGGGAGGCCAGGCCAGUCACCAAGGCAGCCAGACCAGUCACAAGGGUGGCUUCGCCAGCAUGGACGCUGAUAAGCAGCGUGAGAUUGCCUCUGAGGGUGGCAAGGCGUCAUCAGGCUCUUUCGAAAAGGGCAGCGAGAAGGCCAAGGAGGCCGGUCGCAAGGGUGGCCUGUCUAGCUAG